AUGAAGUUACUAACAUUCCCAGGUCAAGGGACCUCCAUCUCCAUUUCGAUUUUAAAAGCGAUAAUAAGAAACAAAUCAAAAGAAUUCCAAACAAUACUGAGUCAGAAUGGCAAGGAGUCAAAUGAUCUACUGCAGUACAUCUUCCAGAACCCUUCCAGUCCCGGAAGCAUUGCAGUUUGCUCUAACCUUUUUUAUCAAUUGUACCAGAUACUCUCAUACCCUUCUGAUUCCCAAGAUCAUGCACAAAAAAAUAUACCCAAGAUCGAUAUGCCUAACAGGAAAGACAAUGAACAAUGUUACCUUUUGGGCCACUCGCUAGGCGAGUUGACUUGUCUGAGUGUCAAUUCACUGUUUUCGUUAAAGGAUCUUUUUGAUAUUGCGAACUUUAGAAAUGAGUUGAUGGUGACAUCCACUGAAAAGUAUUUGGUAGCCCAUAAUAUCAACAGAUCCAACAAGUUUGAAAUGUGGGCACUGUCCUCACCAAGAGCCACAGAUUUACCGCAAGAGGUGCAAAAACUUUUGAAUUCCCCUAAUUUACUAUCAUCUUCACAGAAUACCAUUUCUGUAGCCAAUGCCAAUUCGGUAAAGCAGUGUGUAGUUACCGGCCUGGUUGAUGACUUAGAGUCCUUAAGGACCGAAUUGAACCUAAGGUUCCCGCGGUUAAGAAUUACAGAAUUGACUAACCCAUACAACAUCCCCUUCCAUAAUAGCACUGUGUUGAGGCCCGUUCAAGAACCACUAUAUGACUACAUAUGGGAUAUAUUGAAGAAAAACGGAACUCACACGUUAAUGGAGUUAAACCAUCCAAUAAUAGCUAAUUUGGAUGGUAACAUAUCUUAUUACAUUCAUCACGCACUAGAUAGAUUCGUUAAAUGCUCAAGCAGAACUGUGCAAUUCACUAUGUGUUACGAUACCAUCAACUCUGGAACCCCAGUAGAGAUUGAUAAGAGUAUUUGCUUUGGCCCCGGCAAUGUGAUUUACAAUCUCAUCAGGAGAAAUUGUCCCCAAGUAGAAACCAUAGAAUACACCUCUUUAGCCACCAUAGACGCUUAUCACAAGACGGCGGAGGAGAAUGAAGGUUAA